UCAGACUCCAGACCAUGUAUUUCCUGACUCCCAUCUUGGUAGCCAUUCUCUGCAUUUUGGUUGUGUGGAUCUUUAAAAAUGCUGACAGAAGCAUGGAGAAAGAGAAGGGGGAGCCUAGAACCAGGGCCGAGGCUCGCCCCUGGGUGGAUGAAGACUUAAAAGACAGCAGUGACCUGCACCAAGCAGAAGAAGAUGCUGAUGAAUGGCAAGAAUCAGAAGAAAAUGUUGAACACAUCCCCUUCUCUCAUACCCACUAUCCUGAGAAGGAAAUGGUUAAGAGGUCUCAGGAAUUUUAUGAACUUCUCAAUAAGAGACGGUCAGUCAGGUUCAUAAGUAAUGAGCAAGUCCCAAUGGAAGUCAUUGAUAAUGUCAUCAGAACGGCAGGAACAGCCCCAAGUGGGGCCCACACAGAGCCCUGGACCUUCGUGGUUGUGAAGGACCCAGACGUGAAGCACAAGAUUCGAAAGAUCAUUGAGGAGGAAGAGGAGAUCAACUACAUGAAAAGGAUGGGACAUCGCUGGGUCACAGACCUCAAGAAACUGAGAACCAAUUGGAUUAAAGAGUACUUGGAUACUGCCCCUAUUUUGAUUCUCAUUUUCAAACAAGUACAUGGUUUUGCUGCAAAUGGCAAGAAAAAAGUCCACUACUACAAUGAGAUCAGUGUUUCCAUCGCUUGUGGCAUCCUGCUAGCUGCCCUGCAGAAUGCAGGUCUGGUGACGGUCACUACCACUCCUCUCAACUGUGGCCCUCGACUGAGGGUGCUCCUGGGCCGCCCCGCACAUGAAAAGCUGCUGAUGCUGCUCCCCGUGGGGUACCCCAGCAAGGAGGCCACGGUGCCUGACCUCAAGCGCAAACCUCUGGACCAGAUCAUGGUGAUGGUGUAGGCAGGGCCCCCCAAGGGAGUGGCAGGGAGACGGCACCCCUGCUUCUCCCUGCGCCUCUCGCCUGCUCCUCUCGGGUCUCUUGGCUUCUCUUUCUCUGGGUGUCAGGUCCCCUCAUUGCUCUUCUCAGGUGGCCACACUGCGUCAAGAAGCCUCUCCACACUCUGUGGCACUUCCAGUCCCAUAAGUGCUGUUUCUUAUCCACUUUGGAAAUGCAUGAACACUUUACAAAGAACAUGCCCUGGUUUUUACAUUUUAAAAGUUAUUCUAGAAAAUCACUAUUGGCUUUUUUCUUUUAUUUUGAGAAAACUCACAUACAGGAGACAAUCAGAAAUUUAUCACGGUCCCAA